CAAAAAUUGGAAUCGGAACCGCUUCGAACGUAUAAAUACUUCAAUUUUGUGAUUCUCUUUCAUUAUCACUUCAUGUUCAUCGUUUAGCUCGUAGCUGAAGCUAAUUCCACAACUCCGGCCAAUAAUUCCGCCGGCGAAUGGAAUCCACGGUCAUGCCUGGGUUUGAUAGAAUUAGCGAAUUGCCGGAAUCUUUGAUUAGUCAAAUACUGUUACACCUUCCGACUAAAGCUUCUGUGAAGACGAGUGUUUUAUCGACUAGAUGGAAGAAUCUAUGGCUUAAUGUUCCCGGACUUGAUUUGAACUGCCGUGAUUUCCCCUUUCAGAACAACAACGAAAAACUGUUGAUUGAUUUCAUUGACAGAUUUCUCCAGUUUAACAAUGAGUCACGUCUUCAAAAAUUCAAGGUAGAUUACAGUAGAGAUAAGAUCAUUAAGUUCUCGGAUCGGAUUGGUGACGCGAUUAGCCGCGGGAUUCGAGUUUUAGAUGUUGAGAGCAAUACCUAUUAUCGAGAUGCUGAUGAUUGCAUUGACUAUCCUUGUAUCGAGUUCAUGCCUCUGAAUCUUUAUUCGUGUAAGACAUUGGUUUCUUUGAAGCUUUCGUAUUCGGGUCUUGAGGAUCCAGGGUUUGUCUAUUUGCCUUGUCUCAAAUUCAUGCAUCUUCGAGAAGUUCGAUGGGAUAGUAGUGGUACUAUGAAUCUGGAGAAGCUUGUUUCAGGUUGUCCUGUUCUUGAAGAACUGAUUUAUCUUCAUGAUGAUAAAUUGGUGGUUACGCGUGUGAGAUCUCGAAGCUUGAAGAGGUUUUCUAUUCCGUUUAGGCAUAAACUUUCUUUGUUUAGGAGAGUGACACAGACAUUUGAGAUUGAUGCUCCUGGACUAGAGUAUAUGAGUCUUAAAGCAGACCAUUUCGAUAGAAUCGUGGUAAAGAACCUUACUUCUUUAUUCAUGAUUGACCUUGAUAUCAAAUUCAUUGUCGGGUUUGGCUGGAUGUUUGAUCCGGAGGACUUACCAAAGAGAAAUGAAAUCCGUGAUUUUCUCACCGGGAUAUCUAGUGUAAGACAUAUGGUCAUCUCUCAUAAUACAGUGAAGGUAUAUAUUUUUGUACAACAAAUUUUGGUCUUUUUCUACUUGGGAAACUCUCACUAGCAUCCAUUUUUUCCUUUCCUUCUUGUUGCAGGCCCUUGAUCUUUACUCAAAAGUAGGACUGAUUCCCAAAUUCAAUAACUUAUCCCGUGUAGAGGCUGCGUUCCCGAGCUCCUUGUUACAGUUUUUGCCAGCCUUUCUUGAGAGCUUCCCGAAUCUGAAACACUUAAUCUUGGAAACUGAAUGUCCAGUGGAGGUGAUGGAGAAGUUUGAACUCGUAAAUGUGCCUCGGUGUUUCGUAUCGACUCUUGAACAUGUUGAGAUAAAAGGAUUGUUUGACUGGGGGGAACAGGAUAUGAAAAUAGCGAGUUACUUUCUCGAAAACUCAGCAGUCCUCAAGAAACUGAUUCUGAGUUUCAUGGGUUGUCCUCAACAUUAUUCGGAAUCAGAUAUCUACGAGGAACUUAAUAAACUCACAAAACGUUCUCCGAGAUGUCAAAUUAUCAUUAGAUGCUGAAUGAGGCCAUGAGUAUCAUGUGUAGAAAGUCUGUUUUCUCAUGAAACACUGAUUUUUUAAAGAUCAUUUUGUUCUUCUUCUUAGUUUUGGUUGGAUUCCUUGACCAUAAAACUCGGUCAUAGAACGAAAACAUUGUUGUUUUUUUAAUUUUUUCUUAAUCUCAAUCUCAGUUUCUUAUGAUCUAUUGGAUUCUCUGAAGAAAGUGAUAUUAUUACACUGGACACUGGUAGUAGGAACAUUGGAC